UGACAGGAAGUUACUUAACGGGACUCGCCGGUGAUGGACCCUAGCAUAAGUAUUCACCCUUGCAUAGAACCCAAUUGCGCUGAAAUUUGGAGAAUAUAAGUUACAAAAACGUGUGAGGAUGUGGGGAAAGUUUACGCUUACUUGCAAACAUUGUGUGCCGUGCCCUGGUAAGCGUGAUUUUCUCCAUUGAUCAGUUUUUGCCAAUGCUUCUUUAGCUAGCUAGCACCCCCUCAAGGCAAUGGUAGUGUUUUGUAAACAAUAAGCUAACAGUUGAAUGAUCUAAGAUCUCAUUAGCCCCAAUGAGUGAGCUAAAAAGAGCACUUUUAGGGGACGGCGUGUCAUCAAUUCUCACCUUAGGACUGGUAAGGUGACAUCAGUGUUGUAGCUUGCGUCGAUUGGAUUCACCUUUGAGGCCAGAAGACUUUAAAGGGACCCCAUGGCUGCUGUAGGUCUCCCCGGAAAAAGUGAGGAUGUGGCGGCCGCCAACUGGAGCUCCCUGACGCUGGAACGCCCUCCAUGCGUGAAUGGGACACCUUGGAUCCUUUACCUGCUGGAGGAAUGCGUGGACAAUGUGUGGGACUACAGCAGUGUGGUGAUUGGACUCUUCUCCAUGUUCUGCUUUCUGCUAUCCACUUUGCCUCAGGUCUACGAAGCCUAUCGGAACGGUAAAGUGGACCAAGCCAUGUCCUUCGGCUUCCUCUUCUUCCUUUUCAGUGGGGACCUCGCCAACUUGGCAGGAUGCUACUUCACCAGCCAGCUGCCCAUUCAGGUGGUCACGGUGGUUUUCUACAUCGUCACAGACGUGGUCCUCAUCUCACAGUUUUUUUACUAUAAGAUGAAGAACAACUCCAGCACAAAGAGCCCUGCGUUGAAGUGGCUGUGCUUCCUGUGGUGUGGCGCGGCUACAAUAUUCCUGACGGCUCUGCCCAAACUCAUCUUAGACGAUAGCGCAGUCUCUGAAUUUUUUAGAACAAGCAGCUCUAAAUCAUUAGAAGUUUCCGGCUACGUAUGUGGAUACCUGGCGUCGCUCUUCUACCUCGCAUCCCGCUUCCCGCAGCUCUAUAAAAAUUUCCAGAGACAGUCCACCGAGGGCACCUCCUACCUGCUGUUUGCUCUGUCCAUGAUGGGCAAUGGGACGUACGGCUUGAGUGUCAUCGUGGUGCUGCCAUCACUGAAGGACUCCAAACGCAACUUCAUCAUCAAGCACCUGGCCUGGCUCAUCGGAAGUCUGGGAGUCCUCGUCCUGGACUUCUUUGUGACCAUGCAGUUCAUCACGUACAGGAAGAACAACUCUCACAAAAGACACACGGCGCUUGCUGCGUUGGAAGUAGAACCUCUACUGUGUGAAGAAGAGGAGCUUUCAGCAUUUUAGGACACUUUUCUCACCGUGACUAUUAAGAAGACCACAUAAACUGUGCUUCACCUGACCAUGCAGGUAUCUGUCUUACACUUUUUUUAUUUCUACUGGUUCAUUAUAAUAAUUGUGUGGUAACAUUUGCACACUAGUGGACGAGUUUAAGGUCAGAUAUAUUUUCACUGAAGCCACGUUGGAGGAAAAGUAAGUGCCUAUUACUUUGUCCGAAUCGUACCUGAAUACCGACAAUGCACACAUGCACUUCUUCACAUUUUCUUAACAAGCUUUGGUAUACAUUUCAGUCAAGCAUUCCAAAAUAUUUAUAGAUGCACUUAUAUGUUUAUAAAAAGAGUGACACAUGUGGACUUUUGUAUUGUUUGUAUUCACACAUUGACAUAAUUUUGAUUAUUGUAUUUAUUUCAAUUACCAGUAUGCUUUUUUUGGUGAAGUUUUCACAAUGACAUUAUUAAUGGAUUUGAUACCAUUGUUGUCUAUUUUUAUUUUGUCCAAGUAACAUUCCACUGUGUCUGAAUGCAGUUAACACAAUAAAGAAUAGAAUAGUCUGCUUA